AAAAAAAAAUUGAAUUACCCCAAGUUUAUAUGUACAGUAAAAAUUGAAUUCAGCUUCAUACUUCGUAGUUCAUACGUACGUACAUCCUGCGGGAGUCAAACUUAACAAAACUUGCCAGUCAAGACAAAGAAUAAAAGUGAAAACAUCGUUGUCAUUUUUAGGAGACGUUGACAAUGGAUCACUUUCCAGUCUUUCCGAUAUGAUGAAUUGAUAAUUGCUGUUGCUAAAACAGAUUUGACUGUAAAUCAUCAAUAUAAAAUAUGAGAAGAAAUGUACGAUGGUAAUAUGCAGUUAGCUCUCCGAGAUGGGACGGGAUGUGUUCUCCAUCUUCCCCGGCGGUGGCGGAGGAGGCAUUCAUCGUUGCAAAUCCUCCUCAUCUCUGCUGUUUAGUCAAAUAGUAGUCGUCAUUAUAAUCCUCACACAUAUGCCCCACCGGGGGAAGUCCGUGACUGACCGCGACACCUUAUUAGGAGUUAAGCGGCAAUGGGGUAACCCGUCUACGCUUCGAGCCUGGAAUUCCACCUCCUCUCCAUGUAGCUGGCCGGAGAUAGAGUGCUCCGGUGACGGAUCGGUCACAGGCAUCUUUCUCAAGGACUACAACAUUGUCUCCGAAAUUCCGCCGGAGAUUUGCAACCUUAGCAACCUCACCUCACUCGAUCUUUCCUACAAUUACAUUCCUAAUCAAUUCCCCACGUUUCUGUACAAUUGCUCCAAGUUGGAGCACUUGGACCUCUCUCAGAACUACUUCGUGGGUGAUCUUCCUCACGACAUUGACCGGCUACGGAACCUCCGCUACUUGGACCUCAGCGCCAACAAUUUCACCGGCGACAUCCCACGCUCCGUUGGGAAUAUCACCGAGCUCCGGCAGCUGAUGAUGUACCAAAACCUGUUCAAUGGCACUUUCCCUGUGGAAAUUGCCAACUUAUCAAAUCUGGAACAGAUGCAGAUGGCGUACAACAGCUUCUCGCCCAGGGAGAUCCCGGAGGAGUUUGGAAACUUAAAGAAGCUCAAGUUCUUAUGGUGGUCCUCCACGAAUUUAGUCGGAGAAAUUCCAAAAAGCUUUGAGAAUUUGUCUAGCCUCGAGCAGCUGGAUUUGGUUGGUAACAGUUUGCAAGGUCAUAUCCCAAGCAGAUUGUUCUUGCUCCCAAACCUCACUAAAGUUUACCUGUACAACAACAAUCUCUCGGGUUCCAUUCCCUCUCGUUUUGCAAAGCCAUCAAAACUGGUGGAGGUGGAUUUGUCCCAUAAUAGGUUAACAGGUGAAAUCCCGGUAGGGUUUGGAGAGUCAGAGGGACUUGAGCUUGUGGCUCUCUUUAUGAAUCAGUUGUCUGGUGCAAUUCCUCCAAACAUAGGCCUGAUGCCUUCUCUGAAAAAUUUCAAGGUUUUCAUUAAUAAUUUGAGUGGGAUUCUGCCUCCUCAAAUCGGGCUUCAUUCCAAACUAGAAAGCAUUGAAGUGUCCGAAAAUAGGCUGACAGGAAGAUUGCCCGAGAAUUUGUGUGCGGGCAAGGCCCUGAUUGGUAUCACAGCAUUCAACAACAAUUUCACAGGGGGAAUCCCCCCAUCACUUGAGAGUUGUGACACACUGUUGACUAUCCAGCUGUAUAACAAUGCAUUUUCAGGGGAAGUUCCACCUUGGAUUUGGACAUUAGGGAGCAUGAUAAGCGUGAUGUUGAGCAACAACUCCUUCUCCGGUAAGCUUCCGCAUGAGGUGGCUGAGAACUUCACGCGGCUAGAGAUCAACAACAACCGCUUCUACGGGGAACUCCCUCCCCCGAAAAAUUCAUCUUCAUCACUCCAGGGUAUUAUUGUGUUUCAAGCAAGUAACAAUCUAUUGUCGGGACAUAUUCCACGCGAGUUUACUGCUUUUCCUAAGCUGACUGAGCUAAAGCUCGAUGGAAAUUCACUUUCUGGCGAGCUUCCCAAAAAUAUCUUGUCAUGGGCAUCUUUGAAUACGUUGAGUCUUGCUAGAAACCAGCUUUCCGGCAAUAUUCCAGCAGCUAUUGGCUCUUUGCCCGAUCUUGUUGAACUGGACCUAUCAGGCAACCAGUUUUUCGGCCUAAUACCACCAGAAUUGGACCGUUUGAGGCUCAAUGGGCUUAACCUUUCAUCAAACAAACUCUCAGGGAGAAUCCCAGCUCGUUUUGAUAACUUCGCCUUUGAAAAAAGCUUCUUGAGCAACCCUAGCCUGUGCGCUGUGGACCAACUGAGCAGUACACUUCCACAUUGUCAUUUGAAAACCACCCACCGCUUCCCAGUUAGGGUCAUUAUUCUCAUCGCAGUCUUUGGAGUCAUUGCUUUUCUAGGUGUUUUAUUAAUCUUGUUCAAGGUCAGAGACUAUUCCAGGAAAAGGCGUGACAUCCCAACAUGGAAACUGACCUCAUAUCAAAAAUUAGAUUUCACUGAAGAGAAAAUUCUACGCAAUCUGACGGAAACCAAUCUGAUUGGGAGUGGUGGCUCCGGAAUGGUAUACAGAAUUUCAACAGGAAAAGAAGGUUCGUGCGUUGCUGUGAAGAGGAUCUCGAGUGACGGGAAGUUAGAUGAUGAGCUUGAGAGGCAGUUUGCUGCUGAGAUGGAGAUACUCGGCUCAAUCAGGCACUCAAACAUUGUUAAGCUGAUGUGUUGCAUUUCUAGUGAGAGCUCAAAGCUGGUUGUCUAUGAGUAUAUGGAAUAUGGGAGUCUUGAUACAUGGUUGCACAAAAGAAAAAGAGGCUCCCUUGAGAGCCUGGGAUUGGAUUGGCCUAAACGGUUGCAAAUCGCCACUGGUGCCGCUCAGGGCCUAUGCUAUAUGCACCAUGAUUGUGUUCCUCCCAUAAUGCAUCGAGACGUAAAGUCGAGCAACAUCUUGUUGGAUUCUCAGUUCAACUCUUUCAUUGCUGAUUUCGGUUUAGCAAAGGUUUUAGCCAAGAAGGGUGAACCGAACACAAUGUCUGCCAUUGCUGGAUCUUUUGGCUACAUUGCACCAGAGUAUGCAUACACAACGAGAGUGAACGAGAAGAUUGACAUCUAUAGCUUCGGGGUGGUGUUGCUAGAGCUGGUGACAGGGAGAGAGCCCAAGUUUGUGGAUGAGCAAAUAAGCCUUGUGG